AUGUCAGUUGGUGGCUUAAUUUGCCAUGUCGCUCGCAGUUCCGAGAAGCGGUGUCCGUGCAUUUUUGCGUGGUCCAAAUUGGCGCCAGGGGGGACUCUGGCAUUGCAGAGUGCGCUGUCUUUUCCACAUGCCUUGGCUGGCGUUUGCUCAAUCGCUGGAUGGGCAUCAGCAGGCUUGAUGCCAAGUAAAGCUGAGACUUCUGAGCUCCCAAUUUUCAUGAGCCACGGACAUGACGACCGCAUGGUUCCCAUUGAAGUGGCCCGCAACAGCUGCAGCGCCUUGGCAGCUUUGGGCUACAAAAAGGUGAGUUUGAUGACCUUCAAAGGAUUGAGGCACCAGCUGAGCACUCUGCAAUUCAAAGAGAUCAUGGAGUUUUAUCGUCAAGUCAUUCCAGAAAGAGUGGAAGGCUUCCGCAUUCCUUCUGUAGUGACACCCAAGCCGGCUGGAUGCAUUCUUUGGAUGCAUGAUGCCAGUAUUGUGGGAAAUCUGGAUGAGCAUGACUUGGCCACAAGGCUUCAUAAGUCCUUGCCUGGAGUGCAACUGGUUCUACGAGGCUUGCCACAAGUGCCAGAGGGAGAAAGCCUGGGAAGGCUUUUGCUGCAGGAAAUCACCGAACAGUUGAAGAAGGUGGCUUGGGAACUGUGGGAACUUGGCCAGCUGAAUCGGCAACGGGACAUUUCUGCAGACACCACCACCUCUUCUUUUGCCGUCUUGAAUGAAGAAGUGGCUGGUAGGUGGGUGAUACCUGGCGUUUGUCCUCGACAGUGCUUGGUGGUUUCGGUGCGGGUGGCACUGCUGCCCUCUUGGGGCUUCUCUAUCCACAGUUGGCAGGCAUCGUGUCCUGUUCUGCUUUCCUUGCCGAUGGCUUUCCCGAGCAACAAGCAGAACCUGGAACGGACAGCCUCAUCCUCCUCACGCAUGGAGUCGAGGAUCAAAGAACCUCCUGACAAAGUGGUGCCUAUCGAUGCCGCAAGGCAUCAGUGGCGUAGCUUAGAGACUUAUGGCUAUCGAGGAGAAGCAUGGCUCAAUGGACAGAGUCUCUUCCUGCUGUUGGACAUCGAUGAUCAAGGCUACAUCGAUGUGGAGGAGUUCAUUGCUGGAUGCUGUCGGAUUCAUGGUCCUGCCAAGGCCAUUGAUCUCACCACCCUCAUGUGUCAGGUCCGAAAGCUUCAUAUGGAGCUUCGUGAACAUGCGCUUUGGGUCGUGGAGUGCAUGACAAUGGCUGGAUUUGCAUCCCCGGCCAGCACCUUCCAAGGCUCUCCUCGACAUCGGAGGAAGCCCAGCUUUGGCUUGACCGCGCAUCCGGACCACGCUCUGGAGGAGAAAUCACCUGUGGCAAGUUUGGAUCAUAAAGUUCACGCUUCGCCAGCCUCGAGCAUCGAACAGGCACCAGAAGCGCUAUCAGCUCUUACACCAGCCGGCUCUUUGAAGCUUCCAAUUAACAAUCGACUCCACGAUGAGGGCUUUGGUGGCUUUGCCUCCUCCCUAGGUGUGUUUGCGUUGCUGGCCACAUUGGCCAAAAACCGCUCGUGCUCAGGAAUCUCAAGAAGCACACAGAUCUUGUAUUUCUUGGUCUUCGUGACAAGGUAUCUGGAUUUGAUAGACGAGCAACAAGCAUUCUAUUUGGUCUUCUUCAAGAUAACGUACAUUGUGACCUCCAUUAUCGUCCUGGCUGUUUUCUACAAGCUUGAUGCCACAUAUGAGCGCCAGAAGGAUACCUGCAGUUUGGCUGUCAUUUUGGUGCCCUGUUUCCUUGGUGCCUUUCUUCUGGCCAAGACGUAUCAACUGGUGGAUAUUUUGUGGACCUUCUCACAAUUCUGUGAAGGCUUUGCCAUGGUCCCACAGUACGUCUUUUGCUACAGAGAUCGGAUGGCAAAGGACAUUGGGGUGACCUUUUACGUUUUAUCGAUGGGUGCCUAUCGAUGCUUUUACGCUGCAAACUGGAUAUACAAGAAGGUUCAAGUGCCAAAGUAUACCGACUUUCAAUCUUGGCUCGGAGGGCUGAUCGACAUCUUAUUCUUCGCUGACUACCUCCUGUCUUUUACGGGCUUGAGCCUGUUGAGAAGUAUGGUUCUGAAGGUUGAUGAAAAGAUCAACGAAUUCAAGGACAAGGUGGAGAUGAAGGUUCUUGGGUCAUCAUCCAGUGUGGCGAGGGACUCACAGGCCACAGGGACAGAGCUCCGACAGCGCCGCAAAGCUGAUGAGGCAGAGGAGGAUAUAGGCAUUUGA